GAGGCCAAUGGUCAUUCACAAUCCCACGCUCUGCUACUGCCUUCAACCCAACGAGCCUGCAGCCAUGGCAUUCAACGGAUCCUGGAAGGUCGAUCGCAGCGAGAAUUAUGACAAGUUCAUGGAGCAAAUGGGUAUUAACAUCAUGAAGCGCAAGCUGGCAGAGCACGACAACCUGAAGGUCAUCAUCGAGCAGACAGGGGACAAGUUUCACAUCAAAGAGUCCAGCACCUUCCGCACCAAAGAAAUUGACUUCACCCUGGGCGUCUUGUUCGACUACAGCUUGGCCGAUGGCACUGAAGUCUCAGGUGCGUGGGAGAUGGAGGGUGACAUGCUGAAAGGCAAAUUUACCAGGAAAGACAACAACAAGGUCCUGACCACCACCAGAACUCUGGUGGGAGGAGAACUCGUGCAGAGUUACAACUACGAGGGAGUGGAUGCUAAGAGAAUUUUCAAGAAGCAGUGACCUUGAGUCCGCAGUUCAUAUUUUAUUUUUAUAUAGAUGACACAAUAAAGAUUUAUGUGUUUGUUUUCUAACUGAAAGACACGGCCAAGUUUCCUGAUAUUCUACUUCAUAUUUGACAGCAGGGACAAGCAACUUCCAUGAGCUUAAGAGACAAUAUGGCAAACAAAAAAAAAGCCAACUAACCCCUUUAAAUACUUAACAACUAAUUACAUGCAGCAGGGAAAACAGGUGAAAAUGUCAUCACCAUCUUUAAAAAGGGCAUCUUAUAAAUGGCCAAUGACUGAUUAAAGGGUUGGUUCACCUAAAUUACACAAAAUAUAUUUUCUCACUGACCUCUAGUGGUGUCUAGCAAUGCAGAUAGGUUUGGUUUAGUUGCUCAGAUUUUGAGAUAUUGAGAUCUUGCUGUGAGCAAUGCCAAUGUAUUUCAGCAGAGGCAGAAAUCUCAAAAUCUGGAAAAAAUCAAUAUCUAAAUGGAUAGACAGCACUAGAGAUAAGCUAGACACUGUGUUUUCUUGUGAACUUUGGGUGAACUUACCCUUUAAAUGUCUCCAACAGUGGAGAUGAACAGACUUCUUACACUUGAGUUGACCAUCCUGUUCACACUAGUCUUCAUCAUUGUAAGGGAAGCAGCUUACAGCAUCACAUAGUGGAGGAUCAAACCAUUACAUUCAGUUCAUUAGGUGUCGUGAUGUGUCUUUAUGCAGCUGGGAAAUCAUUCAUUUUGCACUAAAAGGUUCUGAUUUAGUUUGUGAUAAUAAAUAAAAUGUCAUGUGUCA